AAAUAUUUAGUUUCACAUUUAGGUAUCUAAGACUAAUACUAAAAAUUUAUUUUUCUAGGCCGCAACGGAUCUCAGUUUAUUUCUUUUUCUCUCUUUGCCCGUUGGUCUCUUCCUCUUUUUCUUCGCCGCUUCUCGUAAAACCAAAAAACACGAAUAGAGCUACAAAAUGGGUAUGGCAGAAAGCAAUCGUGAUAUGGAGGAGGGAACGCUGGAGAUUGGAAUGGAAUAUAGAACUGUUUCUGGGGUUGCUGGGCCAUUAGUAAUCCUCGAUAAAGUGAAGGGACCCAAGUAUCAAGAAAUUGUUAAUAUUCGUUUAGGGGAUGGAACAACCAGACGUGGUCAAGUCCUAGAAGUUGAUGGAGAAAAAGCUGUUGUUCAGGUUUUUGAAGGAACAUCUGGAAUUGACAACAAAUAUACAACCGUGCAAUUUACAGGGGAGGUGUUGAAAACCCCUGUCUCUUUGGAUAUGCUAGGGCGCAUUUUCAAUGGCUCUGGCAAGCCAAUAGAUAAUGGUCCACCUAUCUUGCCUGAGGCAUAUUUGGAUAUUUCGGGGAGUUCUAUUAAUCCUAGUGAGAGAACCUACCCUGAAGAAAUGAUACAGACAGGGAUUUCAACAAUUGAUGUUAUGAAUUCCAUUGCAAGAGGGCAAAAAAUCCCUCUCUUUUCUGCUGCUGGUCUUCCCCAUAAUGAAAUUGCUGCUCAGAUUUGUCGUCAGGCUGGUUUGGUGAAACGAUUGGAGAAGUCUGGAGAUCUGCUUGAGGAUGGCGAAGAAGAUAAUUUUGCAAUUGUGUUCGCGGCUAUGGGUGUAAACAUGGAGACUGCACAGUUUUUCAAACGUGACUUUGAGGAAAAUGGUUCAAUGGAGAGAGUGACCCUUUUCCUAAACCUGGCUAAUGACCCCACAAUUGAACGUAUUAUUACUCCUCGUAUUGCCCUCACUACUGCAGAAUAUUUGGCAUAUGAAUGUGGGAAGCAUGUUCUUGUGAUCCUGACAGACAUGAGUUCUUAUGCUGAUGCUCUCCGUGAGGUGUCUGCUGCCCGAGAAGAAGUACCUGGAAGACGUGGAUAUCCUGGGUACAUGUAUACAGAUUUGGCCACAAUAUAUGAGCGUGCUGGACGAAUCGAAGGGCGAAAGGGUUCUAUCACCCAAAUUCCAAUUCUUACUAUGCCAAAUGAUGAUAUUACACAUCCCACUCCAGAUCUUACUGGAUAUAUCACAGAGGGGCAAAUAUACAUUGACAGGCAGCUCCAUAAUAGACAGAUAUACCCACCAAUUAAUGUGCUCCCAUCACUGUCUCGUCUGAUGAAGAGUGCCAUUGGUGAGGGGAUGACUCGCAGGGAUCAUGCUGAUGUGUCUAACCAGCUGUAUGCAAAUUAUGCUAUUGGGAAGGAUGUGCAGGCCAUGAAAGCUGUGGUUGGAGAAGAAGCACUUUCUUCCGAGGAUCUGCUAUACCUGGAGUUCUUGGAUAAAUUUGAAAGGAAAUUUGUCACUCAAGGAGCAUAUGACACCCGCAACAUCUUUCAGUCACUUGAUUUGGCGUGGACACUGCUUCGCAUAUUUCCUCGUGAACUCCUCCACCGUAUACCAGCAAAAACUCUUGACCAGUACUACAGUCGAGAUGCAGCUAAUUGAAGGUGACAAACUAAUAUAGAUUGCCUCCUUCAUGGUUGUCUUUACAAGUUGUUUAUUUGCCUCACUUGCAUUCAUAAGUUGCCUUCUCCUCUAUCUGCACAAAUAAUAAUAUGGUUGAAUUCCAGCUAGAGCUCGCAGCUCAUUGGCUUGUAAACAAGACACCAAAUAUUCUUUCCUGACGGUUAUAAAUUCUGUAAUUUUUGUAGUUUGUGUUCAUUAGUGCCACUCUUUGUGUUGGUACGACUUUUUCUCCCAGAUGAAAUCAGGGCUGAUAGGGAAUUAUAAAGCCUUUGUGUUGCU